AUGCAUCAUGAAACGGAAUCUCAGGUUGGAAGUAGUAUUAUUCACAAUUUUACUUGGAUUAUACCGAAUUUCAAAAAAAUAGAAGCACUAGCUCCAAGGCCUCAAUGUUUUCAUAGUCCUCAGUGGACUUGCAACAUAUGUGUAUUCGAUGACAACGGAUGUUCUUAUAUACCUUUAAACUGGAGAUUAAAAUUCCAUCCUAACGGUAAUAGUGAAAGUUCCCAAAACAGCAUCAGUUGCUAUCUAGAAACCAUAUUUCCGAAUGACGCACAACCUUCUUCACGAAUCAAUGUAAAUUUUUAUAUUGGUUUUUAUGUUCCUGUCCAACAAGGAGAAAGCCGGAUCUUAAAAUUAGUAAAACGUCGUAGUGAAAGACAUGAAUUUUUAAAGGUAAAACCGGCUUGGGGAUGGCCAAGUUUUUGUUCAAAAACAGUUCUAAACUGUGAAGGGAAUAACAAUGCUAAUAAUACUGAAGAACCUGAGAUACUAUUACCGGAAAUGCUUCAGCAGACAGGAAAUGUUUUGGAGGAUGAUACUCUUGUUGUUCAUGUUGUGAUAAUCACACCGAAUCCAGGCGGAAUGCCAGAGGAAUUAGAGGAAUCAAUGGCACGAUUAUCAUUAAAUUCACGGACAGCUUUGACGGCGUUUUCACAGACUUUAAAUACACCAAAUUUCAGUGACAUCAAAUUCUUAGUUGAAGGACGAACAAUUCUUGCACAUCAGGUUAUAUUAGCAGAAAGAUCUCACUAUUUCAAAACAUUAAUAAAGAAUGACUGGACACAAGAAAUCAAAGAAUCGAAGCCAGUGCGUAUUCAUGAUGUAGAUUAUAACACUUUUUAUUAUGUUCUGCAUUACUUGUAUUCCGGUACUUUACUGGAAAUUACGGGUGAUACGGUUUUCGUCAAGAUUGCACAGCUUCGAAAAAUAUUUAUCGAUGCGGAAAUGCGUAAACCGCUCGAAGUGGACGCUGUGCAUGAGCUUGUUGAAGUUGUCAUUUCAGAAUUAAUUAGUUUGAUAAAUAUGAACACUUGGGAUAAUUUACUUUUAUUUGCUUGGGAACGUGAUCUUGGGCGUUUACGGAAAGCUGUUUGCCGGUUUGCGAAACGAAACUGGAUUGAGCUUCGCGAAAGUGAAUCCUUCAAGAAUAUACUACGCGAUGCAAACGUUGAUGUGGUAGAAGAUCUCAUUACAUCAGUCAAGAUAUGA